AUGUCUGCGGAGGAGGGAGAGCCGGAAACGUCGCCGCAAAAGCCGGUCUCGGGGAGACACCCGACGGCUUUCCAGGGCGUCACUGACUUGGAAGAGGUGGAGUCUCUCGAAGUAAAGCAUGGAUGCCACGAAAGAGAGCAAGAGGCCGAUGACGCCAUGCUCGGCGAAGGCUCCUCGGCUGUGAUGCACUUGGACUAUUUCCACGACGUCCGUCGCCAGGUCUACGCCGAGGCUCUCGUCUACCGCACGACGCCCUUUUAUGCCACCAAGAUCGCGUUGGAGCAGCGCGUCGAGGAGCAUCGUCUCCUGCAUGCGCACCUGCAGGCUCUGGAGCGCUCGGAAGAAAAUGGCCCACUUCUGAUGCCGAACGAAUUCUUCAUCGCCGAGCUUCUUCAGUCUCCUUCUCACGACCCCGUCGGAGACCGCGAAGAGGACCGAUGUCUCCAGGCUGGGGGCACGAGCGCGUCGACUCCGUCGUUCUGGAAGAGGAAAGGCAGGCAGCAUGGGUCAAGGGCGGGCGACUUUUCUCCGCAGUCCGGCGACCAGCUGCGCCACCGGGGCCCUCGCGGGAGCAUCGUCUCGCCGGCCCUCUCCUCGUACUCUUCUCCGCGGGCGUCGCCGCCUUCCCAAUCUCAGACGGCGUGCGGGUCUGACGAGCGCCGGCCGGCGGGGAUGUGCGGCACCACGCGGAGCGUCCCGCGCUUUUUCUGGCCCUCGCAGUGGUCGGGGCAGAGAGGCCGACAGGCUGGAGCCCCCAGCAGCUUGGCCGUGGCGAUGGCCCGGAUGGGGACGCGCCCCGAAGGCGCAGACGUUGGAGACGCCGAGAAGCGCGCAGCGACCGAGUCGGGCGCGUCGAGUCCACGGGACUUCGGCUCGGGCGAGAAAGACCUCGCCUCGCCGCCAGCCUCGGUCGUGGAAACCUGCGGCGGGACGGCCCUCGCGUCGCCGUUGCCGCCUGUCUCCUCGCGGGCCUCGCUGUCGUCGGAGGGGCCAGUCAGCGGCAAGCACCAGGCGAGCGACGGCUUCGGCUGCCGAGACAAGAAGAUGACCUUCGGCGUGCCCUACGAGAUGAGGGACGGCUUUCCGCAAGGCAGCACGGGCGUGCUGCUCUACCACACCAAGGCGGGCGACAAAUUCUGGGACCGGAUGGACGGCCAGGCAGUGAAGCUCGUCUCCAACGCAGGCGGCGAACGCCACGUGCUCAACUGGAACACCUGGCUCCAGAGACAGCGCGAACGUGGCUGGUUCGCCAGCGAAGCGCUCUGCUUCAUGACGACGCUCGGGGCGGUUAUGGGCGCCGGGACCUUCACCUCGUUCUGGAGCCAGCUGCAGAUAUGGCGAAGUCUGUGGUUCCUUGUCCCCUACACGAUCGACUUUGUCACCGUCGGUGUCCCCGCUCUGCAAACCGAGCUGCUGAUGGGAAACCUGUUUCGGGGGACAACCCUUAAGUGCUUCACCCACAUCAGUCCGAAUCUGGUCGGCGCGGGCCUCUUUGCGCUCCUCAGCACUCUCAUGCAGGUGACCAUCAAAGCCUCACAAGGCUGCCAACUUCUCGUCUACUUCCUCGCAAGCUGGAAAACCCCGCACCCCUGGGAGCUGACGGAAGAGGAUCGACAACUCUGCAGAUCCAUCUCCGACGGAGACACCUGCGACGACGCAGGCAAGGGGACUCUCUGCCAUUGGCGGGGAGCGCCGAUGCUCGAGUGCCUUGCGUCGCCAACCGGCAAGGCCACGUACUUCUACCUUUCGCGUCUCGUCCCGGAUGUUCUCGAUCCGACCGUCUCUCCGAAUUCUAUGCAAGGCAACCACGUGGCCUCGAUGGGCGUGGUGUGGGCCUUCAUCCUGGCCUACGUUUGGAAGGGACUCUUCAAGAUCGGAUUCAUGUCGGCGUUGCUGGUGUUUGGCGCGAUCGUGCUCUGCAUCGCUCUCACGGUCAUGUCGUUCACGACCGCCGACGGCGAGGGUUGGGAAGACACUCAGCCGGACGUGGUUUCCGAAAGUGCCGCUGGUGGUUCGCAUACACUCUCUGACAUCUGGAGCAUUCGAGCACAGACCCUCGGCUACGUUCUGCACGAUCUCACUCUCGGCUGUGGCGUCUACGAGACGGUCAGCAGCUUCUCCAAGAUCGGCUCGAACAUCGUCGCCAGCGCCAAUCGCGUCGGGUUGGUCGACUUUGUGAGCUGUCUUGUCGCCUUCAUUUCGCUCAUGUCAGUCGUCAACAGCAUGCAGAACACUACUGGAGUUCCCACCUACGACCUAGUCAACAAGACGCGGAGCGCGCCUGCGUACUUUGUCAUCUUCCCUGCCGUCUUCGACAAGGUUGCCGCCUCGAACGUUUUUUCCCUGUUCUUCUACGGUGGGAUCUUCGUCCUUAACAUCCAAGUCACUGCCAUCGCCUUGCACUCGUUAAUCAACGCCUUCGAGGAGUCGCGAAAGGUGCGCUAUCGAUGGAGACAGCGGUACUGCGUUUGCCUGAUUGUCAUUUGCUUCAUUUUUUCGCUCGUCUUCUGCAGCGCGAAUCAACACCAGCGCUUCGAGUUCUUCAACUUUGUGUCGUCCUUCAUGAUGGCACCCGGUGUGGUCAUGCUGGAAGGGAUCGCCGUCGGCUGGGUGAACAACGUGCCCAUCCAAGAUAGGAUCGCCGGCAGGCUGUCCGUCCGACUGUACGCGGCCUGCUGCUUGGCCGUCACCAUUCUCUCCUGCUUCAUUUCUGUCUAUGGCGGAAUGGCUCUCUACUUUCCGCGAUUCAUUCUCAUCUUCGUCAAUGCCGGCCUCGCAGCCCUCGUCGCGUUCUGCGUGCGAGAGCCGGGCGCUUCUCCGUUGUUCAAGGAUCGCUUUCGGGCGCUGUAUCUGGGAAACAUCGAGGCGUUCAAAGAGCAGAUCAUGCGAGUGACGCUGUUCAACCGCCCGCCGAUUCCAGCAGUCGCAUGGCUCGCCUCCGUCUUCCGGAUGACCUUUGGGUGCCUUGUCAAUCGUCUGAAGCCUUUCUGUCUUUCUCGGAUUUCCUUGUUUUGGUGUGUCAUGGUGAAGCACAUGGUCCCUUCCUCGAUGAUGUUUCUCAUCUGCAAAGGUUUCGCGGAAUUACCCAACCGCUGGGCGUCUCUGGAGGCGUCGCCCCACGUCCGGUGCAUCGGGCUCACCUACGUUAUCUUCGCUUUUGUGACCUUGUUUGCCGCUCCCUUCUUUCCAAAGAUUCGGACGUGGGUGUGCCCCCCCAGCGAGGACUACAUGCCGCCGUACAUGUUUCCUCUGCAUCCGUACCGGCCGCCGCCGCAGCCGAAUCUUCUCCACACCUGUGCGCGGAUGUUUGCCGAGUUCUCGGCCUCUUCGCGUCACACUUCGCGCUUCCUCUACAGCCUCCUCGCGGACUACAAACGCCAGCACGUCUACUCCUGGCGCGGCUCCUGUCGAGUCGAGCAGGAAACCGAGGGAGGCGCAGGAAUUCGACGCCAGCUCCUCUCUAGAAAAACUGAGAGGUUUGCCAUUGCGGGAGACGUGUCGGCGCGACCGAGUCCCGCGGCGAGCGGCGCGCUGGACUCAGAAGAAUGA